AUGGAAUGUGCAUUUUUGGCUUGGAAAGGAAACAAGUGUGGAGCAGCAGCAAUCAAAACAGUAGAAAUUGAUGAUGCUCUGAAUGGAUUACCCGUACAGUAUCGAGAAGUUCAAGAACAUGAGUCAUCAUUGUUUUUGUCUUAUUUUAAGCAAGGUAUAAGGUAUAUCAGUGGUGGAGCGCCUUCAGGUUUCACGCAUGUUGUAGAUCAGUACGAAAACUGGCAGCCAAAACUUUUUCAAUGCAAAGGCAAAAGGAAUGUAAGAUGUAUUGAGGUCAGUUGCAAGCGAGAAUCCUUGAACUUGGGAGAUGUUUUUAUUCUCGAUUGUGGGCUAAAAAUUUAUGUUUGGAUGCCCCCACAAAGUGGAAGACUUGAAAGAAUUAAGGGAACGGAACAGGCAAGAAAUAUUCGAGACCGAGAACGUACAGGAAAGCCUGAUAUAAGCAUUCUUGAUUCUGAUUGGAAUUCUAACGAUGAGUUCUGGAAGAUUCUUGGAGGAAAAGGUGAAGUAAAGCCAGCAGAAGCUGGUGGAUCAGAUGAAAAUUACUGGCAACCGGUCACUCAACAACUGACUCUCUGGAAAGUAUCUGAUGAAUCAGGUGAAAUGGAGAUAAAAAUGAUUUCACAAGGAAAUUUCAAGCACAGUCAACUUGAUUCAAAGGAUGCAUUUGUAUUAGAUGCUCAAAACGGAGGCAUAUUUGUUUGGAUUGGCAAGAAAUGUACCAUUGAUGAACGUAAAAAAGCCAUGAAUUAUGCCACACAGUAUCUUAAACUUCAAAAUCGGUCGGAAAAUACGCAGCUAAUUCGAGUGCUAGAGGGAGCAGAACCAGCGUCAUUCACGCAGUGGGCAAAUAUGUGGGAAACCAACAAGAAAGCACCUCCCUUCAUACCAAAAUUAUAUCAGUGCAGUAAUCAAAGCGGUCGAUUAGCGAUCGAAGAAAUUACUGAUUACACGCAACAGGAUUUGGUUGGAGACGACGUGAUGAUUGUGGAUGCUUUGGAUAAAAUCUAUGUAUGGCUGGGCUCUGGAGCCAAUGAACAAGAGAAACUGUUCGCUGAUUCUGUUGCAAAUAAGUACCUUCAAGGUGACGUACUCCCACGUCCAGAUGGUGCUCGUAUAAUUAGAAUCGAGCAAGGAAAAGAAACUGCUGAGUUUAAGAAAAUAUUUGGUAAAUGGGACGAUCAUAUCAGUGUAAGUCAUAUUUCUUAG